AAUUUUGUUUCUGACAGAUUCAAUAUCAAUCUCUUUUUUCUUCUACUACCAUGGCGGAUGUUAAGAAAAUUAAACGCGACCCCGCUAAGAACCCUAUGCGGGAUCUACACAUCAGAAAGUUGUGCUUAAACAUCUGUGUUGGUGAAUCUGGUGACAGACUUACUCGUGCCGCGAAGGUGUUGGAACAAUUGACCGGUCAACAGCCAGUCUUCUCAAAGGCCAGAUACACCGUGCGUUCUUUUGGCAUUCGUCGUAAUGAGAAAAUCGCUGUCCACUGCACAGUACGCGGUGCUAAGGCUGAAGAAAUUUUGGAACGCGGUCUGAAAGUACGUGAAUACGAGUUGAGACGCGACAACUUCUCUGCCACUGGUAACUUCGGUUUCGGUAUCCAAGAACACAUCGAUUUGGGUAUCAAAUACGAUCCUUCCAUUGGUAUUUACGGUUUGGAUUUCUACGUCGUGUUGGGACGACCAGGCUACAAUGUUGCACACAGGAAGCGCAAGUCAGGCACAGUAGGCUUCCCACACCGUCUGACAAAAGAGGAUGCCAUGAAAUGGUUCCAACAGAAAUAUGACGGUAUUAUUCUUAAUAGUAAAAAGUAAAUAAUACACAUGUUUUUUAUUAGACGGGGAAAAUAUAAGAAUUUUUAAAACAUA